AAUAUCUCCGAUGGUCCAACGCUUUUAUCCGUCACUCGUAUGAUUACCGGUUCUAUACUUCAUUUAGCAGCUUUGGAGGUAUCCUCUUUGCUGAAGUCUGGACACUUUGAGCAGCCGCAUGAAAUCUACAGCACAUUAUUGGAGCCGUCAGAUGCUGUUACAGAUCGAGAAGAAACUGUGGAGGGAGGUGUGAAUAGUUUGUUGUUGAGCCUACUUCGUCAUGGCCAUAUUGACAUCACUGAAGAGAUUGAAUACCCACGACUGGUGCAUUUCAAUGCGCAUAAGUUGCAGGCGGUAUUUGACAUCUGCAAAACAACCACGGUAUUCAACAUUGCUCAGUACGAUAUCGAGUAUUUGCAUGCCUUGCUUACGCGUGAAAUUGUCAGCACUCAGGCAGAGGACACAGCAGCUGUCACUAGAGAAAUGGAAGCAGUUUUGACCUAUGGUACGGAUAUCAACGCCCAGCUGCUACAGCGGGGUGCAUCCGAGCAACUGGUUUCAGGAUGUACAGCGCUACUGAACGUGAUGGCUUUGUUUGCGCCAGUUCCAUUCUUUUCUAUAGGUCAAUUUCCAGCUUAA